CACGGGGUCUCGAAGUUCAGGUCUUACACCCCCGCCCUUCAGCAAUCCGCACUCGUCAGCAUCACCUGCAACGCGCAGACCAACGCCAACAUGAACCCUUUCAGGAGUCAAGGCGACGCACCGCCCGCUUACACUCCAGGACCAGCCCAGAACUUGCAACCCACUAUGGACACACCAAGAUCAACCUCCACUGCAGACGAUCAGUACGCAUUUUUGAAGUCUUUUGACACCAUCUUCCUAAUCGAUGACUCUGGAUCUAUGGCCGGCCGCUCAUGGCGAGAGACCGGUAAGGCUCUCGAGACCAUAACACCAAUUUGCACAGAGCGCGACGCCGACGGCAUUGACAUUUUCUUCCUGAACCACCCAGACUCAUCGCUCUACAAGAACGUCACCACCGCAGGCACCGUUAUCGAGAUCUUCCAGACCGUGCGACCCGGCGGCGCAACACCCACCGGCCAGCGCCUCCAGAAGAUCCUCAAGCCUUACCUGCAACGCUACGAGAAGAAUCCCGAGACCACCAAGCCCAUCAACGUCAUUGUCAUUACCGACGGUGAGCCAUCAGACGACGUCGAGGCACCCAUCAUCGCAUGUGCGAAGAAGCUCGAUAAGCUCGAGGCGCCAGCGUGGCAGGUCGGUAUCCAGUUCUUUCAAGUUGGCAAUGAGGCCGGCGCACGUGAGGCGCUGAAGCAGCUCGAUGACGGACUGCGUGAGGCUUCUGGCGAUGAUGAGCUCAGGGAUAUUGUGGAUACUGUGCCGUUCAUGGGUGAUGACGAUGCAGAGCUGACAGGACAUGGAGUGCUUAAGGUUGUUUGUGGUGCGAUUCACAGAAAGCUAGAUAGGCAAACGAAGGGCCUUCACCAGAAGCGCCCAGAGGCCUAGCUCUAGUCUUCAUCUAUAUCUUGAUCUGCCCUUCUUGCGUUCCGCAGUACCAUAGAAGUCUGGACGGUGACCAAAGGGAAGGUGUGGUCGGGCGGUCAAUCGUGGUUGCUCCUUCCAGCACAAUGCUGCCCACCUCUCAUCUCGAGUCGGUGAAUUGCAAGCUGGACAGGCAGUCUAAGGAGCUGCAUCGCAAGCAGCAUCUCUAGGCCCGGUAACAUCAUACGUUCUUUAGGCGUUCGUUGGAUGUACAAAGG